GAUGUAUCAUUCUGGGCGCCUCUUUGUAGGUCUGGAACCCUUUCAGUUGGCCUUUGGGGCACACACAACUCAAGCCUCCAUGCCUACCCAGACGUUUGCCUUGCCCCUCGAUGAUCACCUGCUGGCACUAGCCAUCGCCCUGCACUCGUCUGGAAGAGAGCCAACCCCAAAAGGGGAAGCCAGUGGUUUCGCCCCGCUACCCACAGCAGAUUGAAGAAGCCACACAGAGGAACUGGAGCACUCCUCAAACUCGGGCUACGGUACGACAAAGCGGCCAAGGCAGGCAGGAAGGAGCCCAGCAGAGGAGGAAGGGCGGGCCCUUCCCCACCGAGCGGAGAAGAGCAAGUUUCAGUUCAGUCCUGGCCAGGGAGCAGCUGCUGCUUUUGCAGCGGCCUCUUGGUCUCGGGUCCGGGACAUGGCCCAGCCAGGAAUCUGCGAGGCGCAGAAAGGGCUGCUAGCCAAGAUAGUGAUGGCUGGGGAGUCGUGCGUGGGGAAAACCUCUAUCCUGAAGCGAUACACCGAGCUAGCUCCUCCAACCUCGCUAUCGCCGCCCACUUCCUAUAUCGCCACCAUCGGCAUUGAUUUCAAAAUAAAAACCAUUUCUUUUAAUGAUACAACCAUGAAACUUCAAAUAUGGGAUACUGCUGGCCAGGAACGAUUCCAUACGUUUACUACCAGUUUUUUCCGUGGAGCACAUGGAUUUGUUCUUGUCUAUGAUAUUACGAAUAUAGAGAGUUUUCAAGGAAUCUCGCACUGGAUGAAAGAUAUACAUGAGAAAGCAGAUGAAAAUGUAGAGAUCAUACUGUUGGGUAACAAGUGUGAUAGGGAGACAGAACGUGUAAUUCCAAAAAACAAAGGAGAAAAGCUCGCCUGGGAGUAUGGAAUACCCUUUUUUGAAACCAGUGCUAAGGACAAUAUAAACAUUGAAGAUGCCUUUUCAGUACUAGCCGGAGAAAUAUUGAACAAGAGUUCCUGUGUACCGCUUGAUUUAGAUGUAGUGGACCUAAGAACAAACACGCAAAAGAGAACUUGCUGCAAAUUGUAAUUGGCAGUGUUUUGUUGUCUGUGUUCUGAUCAUGUAUUUGAUACAUACCAACUCUGAACUUAAAUCUUUCUCGCUCUCUCUUUUUAAAGUUCUCAAAACAUACAGUGAUUAAAGCUUUAAUGUUAACAUGCAAACACUUCUGUCAGUCCACUGUUGUUUUAUUUAACUGACUUACAAAUGUUUAAAAUAAACAAAUUAUUAUUUGCACAUGUGGUCAUGAUUGUAACAUCCAUUGAGAUGCAAGCAUAUAAAAUAUCUUAAUGUUGGCCAAAGUUGUUUAAUGUUAGGAAGUUAUGUUGGCCAAAGGUGAAAUCUAUAGUAUGAAAACCACCUGAUGAGAGUUCACCUAACAGUAUAUUAGGUACUUUACCACUUCAGGAUAAGCCAUGUUUGCUUCUCCUGAAGAGCAUACAAUUCUAGAAACACAAUUUAGAUGGGAAAGGGAAGAAGAGAGGAAAAGGACGCUGUUCUUUCAUAGUUCAAUAGCACCUGUCACAUAAAGCACUUUUAAAAUGACAAUUGACUAGUUUAAGCAAAAACAGUUUUCCAAAGUUUGAUAUAAUUUAAUUUGCCUUAAAGCAUAAAAGGUCAACUAGAACCCUUUUUGUGGAGCAUUUAAAAAAUGGUGGCUGACAUCCUAAUUAACAAAGUGCUCAUGCUUCUCGAGGAUGUGCCAGAAGCCCUCAUGCAACUCCCCGUCCCCUGGGCGGAAGAGCCUUUAGACUCUGUGCAAGGAGUGCUCUGCAGUCGAAGGCUUUUCCACAAAUGCACUUGCAUUGAGAGAUGGGAGAAUUCCACAACAUCUCUCAGCACAUCCCCGCAAUGCCUAGAAGCCAGGGGUGUAGCAAGGUUGGAGUGGGCCCAGACACAAGAUUUUUAAACUGGCCACCCCCACCCCAUAUAUAUAUAUAUAUAUACACACACACAUACAUACAUAUAAAUGUAUCCUAUGUGCCACAAUAGAACAUCAUCCUAAAUUAUUUUUUAAAAGGUUUUGUAAAUUGUGGACGAUGCAAGUCAUUUAAUGGUACCAUGUUUCCCCGGAAAUAAGACAGUGUCUUAUAUUAAUUUUAGCCCCCCAAAAUGCACUAGGGCAUAUUAGCGGUACAUCAGAAAUUACUGCUAGGUCUUACUUCGGGGUAGGUCUUACUUUCGGGGAAACAGGGUACUAGAGAAAGACAUGCUGUUCUGGUAGCUCCAGGUCUUAACACUCAUAUCAGUUUCGGAGGAUGAAUACAACUGAAGGAAGCCUGGGCGGGUGCACAGCUGGGGGAGUCAGUCAUGUGACUUGCCUCUGGGGGCCCCCGAAGGCAGUGGGCCCCCAGACAACUGUCUCCCCUUGCCCUAUUAUAGUUACACCCCUGCUAGAAGCACAAGUACUGUCUGCUGGUAUAUUCUGCAGCCUGAUGUGGUACAGUCCAGGAAGGACUAUCUAGCAUGGGGAUUCUGCUGAAUAUGUCACUUGGCUACUAACUGGGCAAAGAGACAUUCUUUAAAGUGGUGGCACUCUUAUAUUUAGCAGGAGAAGAGAAACUCCCUAUUGAACACCAACAAAUAUUUAUAUACUGCUUUUCAACAAAAGUUUCCAGAGCGGUUUACAUAGAUUAAUAACAAACAAAUAAGUAUGAUGGAUCCCUAUCCCCGAAGGGCUCAUAAUCCAAAAAGAAACGUAAGAUAAACACCAGCAACAGUCACUGCAGGUACUGUGCUGGGGGUGGAUAGGGCCAGUUACUCUCCACCUGCUAAAUAAAGAGAGUCACCAUGUUUAAAAGGUGCCUCUUUGCCCAGUUAGCAGGGCUAUAUUCAACCCAAUAUAGCACACAUCUAGUAGUUAUUGCUGGUGCUUCCCUGGUGUUUCUUUUUAGAUUGUGAGCCUCUUUGGGACAGUGAACCAUCUUCUCAUUCCUUUUGCUAUGUAAACUACUUUUGAGAGCUUUUUUGUUGAAAAAGUGUACAAACAGAUGAUAAAUAAUAAUGGCUCCAAAUAACUUUUUUUUUUUUUUGCAAGUCAUUUAGGUGAACUGUAGAUAUGUCUCAGUCCCCUGCUAACUGAGCAGAGAGGCAUCUUUUUUAAAAGUGUGAUUCGCUUUAUUUAGCGGGGGAGAGCAACUGGCCCUAUCCACCCCCAGCACAGCAACCCUCCAGUGGCUGUUGCUGGUGUAUAUCUUAUGUUUCUUUUUUAGAUUGUGAGCCCUUUGGGGACAGCGAGCAAUUUUAUUCAUGUAUUUAUAUAUUUAUAUCUAUGUAAACUGCUUUGGGAACUUUUGUUGAAAAGUGGCAUAUAAAUAUUUGUUGUAUUCUUAAAUGACUAAUUUAAUAUUUUCCCCCUCCAGAAUAACAUGCACAAAGUAGCAAGCUUCUGUGGGGGUGGGGAAAAUAGUGGUUGUUGAAGACACAUUUUCACAUAAACAAUGCAAUUUCAGUUACCAGAAGUUUUGUCCAUAAGGGAAACUGGUAACAUUAGGUAGGCUGUCAAGAUGUUUUAAUGAUAUAUUUGAGCAUGAGUUUUCAUGGGUGACAUCCCAUGUCAUCAGGUGUAAAGCAAGAAUAGGAGAAAGGUCAGUUAAAAGCAUUCUUAAAAAGACAGUGACAAUAUACACCAAGUGGAAUCUUUGUAAUGUGAAAAACCAUAAUCUCUAUUAAAUCGUAUUAUGGCAAAUUCUUUUAUGAAUUCCUGCUCAGCUAUUUCUGGUUCCAUGUGUCCAUUUUUAAGAGCAGUUACUCUCAUUCACUCUAUGAUGCUGUGACUCUGUAGACUGAAUUAUUGGCUUCUUGGUGUUACUGUUCUUGAUAUCAAAUUUAUGACCAUUUAGUCUUUGUCUUAAGAACAGUCCUAUGUAGAUGGCCAAAGGAACUCUGGUACAUGAUAUGCAGUAAGGUGGAUAAGCGGGUAUGGUUCAAUGUAUUUGGUAGGUGGAUGCCAUUGAAUCCACACAGUGUUACUUUCUUUGAGCAUACAUAAAACACUGGGCUGGUUUGGCUGUUACCAUGCACGCAUCAUGUAGUUAGAACCUGGGGCAUGCAUAUUUACAAAUGGGGUAGAACAUCCUAACUGUACCAUUCCAAUAAUACUUUAAAAUAGUAUUGGAACUGCACAAUUAGGAGCAGUUAAGACAUUCCACUUCCCACAUUAACAUGUGGGGUGGGUGGGAAAUGCGUGCCCCUAAUCACUCAGUAUCAUCUGAAUCAAUCCACUAUUGUAAAAGAAAGUGUUCCUUAUACUACAGAAGUUACAUAUUAGGUUGUUUGAUGCUACAUUUAACAUCAGAGAUUUGCUUAACUCAAAUGUUAAGAAAAUACUAUAUUCUUGUGUGAUCUCAAUCCUUUUUAAGCCAGCACAAUUAAGUACGUAGUGUUAUAUAGCCCUGAAAGUUUUACAGUUUUAUAAAUUUUAAUAUUGGUAA